AUGGCGAGGGUUCAAGAAAUCUUGAGAACGCAGUGCAAAACCCGUCUUGUCGGGCCCAACUGCCCCGGCAUUAUUGCACCUGAUCAAUGCCGUAUCGGAAUCAUGCCAUACAAGCAAUAUUCCCGGGGUGUAGUGGGCAUUGUCUCGAAGAGUGGAACGCUUAGUUACGAAGCUGUUGGCGCGACAACUAAAGCAGGACUCGGGCAGAGUGUCGUUGUGGGGAUGGGGGGUGAUAUGAUGCCUGGCACUACCUUGCUCGAUGGCCUCAAACUGUUUUUUGAGAAUGACGAGACCAAAGGCAUCAUUGUAAUUGGAGAAAUUGGUGGGGAAGCUGAGCUCAGAGCUGCCGAGGCCAUCGAAUCUUACCGAAAGUCGACUUCAAACCCGAAGCCAAUCAUCGCAAUGGUUGCUGGAAGAACAGCGCCGCCUGGAAAGACGAUGGGUCAUGCCGGUGCCAUCCUUUCACCAAGAGAUGUAUCCGCAGACACCAAGGCAAAAGCGCUUAGGGAAGCGGGUGCAGUUGUUGUUCCCCACCCAGGAGUGAUGGGUACUGAGAUGAAGAGACUGCUAAGCCUACAGAGAAACUAG